GGGGUGUUGGUAUAGUGACACGUGUCGGCUUACCCUCCUAAAUUUUUUCUAUGGUCACCACCUUCAAUUUCAACUCCCACCCUACCUUUUUUCCCAAUUUGGUUUCCCUCGACAACUCUCACUCUCUCUGUGAAGAAAUGGCUGUGGCUCAGGUCUCUGCUUCUCUCUCGGUUUCCAUCAGAGAUGCAAGUGCAAUUAGCUCAGCCAGUCCUGUUCGGCUUCCUGUCUUGAAUUUCGGUAGAACUGGGACGGCCUUUGCUACUGGUUCUCCUCUCAUCAUUAGGACAUGUCAUCAAAGGAAGGAGACUGGAAGAUCAAUGGCACUUUCCGUAAGGAGUGAGCAAAGCACCAAGGAGGGCGGUUUGGAUGUAUGGCUUGGCCGGCUUGGGAUGGUUGGCUUUACUGCGGCUAUUGGUGUCGAGAUAGCAACAGGGAAGGGACUUCUAGAGAACUUUGGGCUCACAAGUCCCCUACCCACCGCUGCUUUGGCUGUUACAGCAUUGAUAGAAUCUUAUUCUAUUCUGUUCACCUUUUUCAUAAGCUACAGCUACUAUUGUCCCCUUCUGGUCUUUGCUUUGAUCUCAAGAGAUCUCUCUCUCUGCUUCUUUAUAUAUAAACUGAUAGGUUUUUCUACUCAGUUCCCAAGUCUUGUAAUUGUUUUACUCCUGAUUACUUCUUUCUUUUGGUUUGUUGGAAUGGGUGGAGCCAUUUCUAGACUUGCAAAGAGGUUCUUUCCAAAGAAUGGAGUGAGGAUAUUAAUGGUGGGUCUUGAUGCUUCCGGAAAGACUACCAUCCUCUACAAGCUAAAGCUAGGAGAGAUUGUUUCAACAGUACCCACAAUUGGUUUCAAUGUGGAGACAAUAGAGUACAGGAACAUCACCUUCACUGUUUGGGAUGUUGGAGGACAAGACAAGAUAAGGCCUUUGUGGAGGCAUUACUUUAAGAACACUCAAGGACUUAUAUUUACUGUGGACAGCAAUGACAGGGAACGAAUCCCAGAAGCUCGCAAUGAGCUUCAUCGUAUUCUAAGCGAGAGUGAACUCAGCAAUGCAGUAGUCCUGGUCCUCGCUAAUAAGCAAGACCUUCCAAAUGCUAUGUGUGCUACCGAGGUUGCUGAUAAACUUGCACUCCACUUACUUGGUCAACGUUCCUGGUACAUCCAAAGUACUUCUGCAAUCUCUGGCCAAGGACUCUAUGAAGGUCUUGAUUGGCUAUCUAAUACCAUCAGUACUACCAAGAAAUGACGCAGGGACUUCUAUGACACUCAAACUAGUCAAUUUUUUUUUUUUAAAUUUGGACAAUUUCUCGAUUUAUGCGUGUCAUCCUUGCGCAGGGGCCAUGCUAAUCUUCUUUGUAUCAUUCCAAUUUUAUCGGAUGUCCCCAAAGGGACCAAACUAGUCAAAUUUUGAUUUCAUACAGUUCGGUGGAAUCAAAUUUGGUUGGCAAUGUAAUGUGAAGAGAUCAGUUCUUUGAAACCA